AGAGGAUGUAGAACUUAGGAGAAAACUCAGAAAAGCUUUGUAUUUAAUUUGAACUGAAAAGAGUGUAAAAAAAUUAUCACGUGACAGCUAACGUUCCGGUUCAAGCAAGGUUCAAGAUACUUUACCUCCGUGUACGAAGACACUUCUGUACUUACCACUAACAAGCUUACUGACAGGCUUCUUCGUGGUGGUGUGCUUAAGAACUCUGACAAAAGUCCCUUGAAGGCUGUGCAAUUAUGGAUGUUCUAAAAGUGGUGCAACAAUUGAGAGACUUAGCAGCAGAUCCACAGAACAGAGCUACAAUUGUUAGGGAUCAAGGCUGUCUACCUGGACUGGUUAUAUUCCUGGAUAAUGACAAUCCGCACGUUGUGGGCACAGCAUUGGAGGCACUCUACUACUUAGCACAGGUGCCUUCCAACAAAUCUCUCAUGAAGAAUGAAGUUGGCCUCUUGCUCAGUGUUAAUAGGAUAAUCAGCAGGUCCGGCUCUCCACCAGACGUUAAAUCAUCAGCGCAAAGAGUUCACGACCUUCUUAUACCACCAGCUGGAUCGACAAGACCACUCUCUCAAGCUCGCUCCACUCGUGGUCACCCUUUCCUGGGAGCCUCUAACAAGAGGGCAAAGGUCAUCCUCCUGCAAAUUGAUGGACUCAGAGAUCAGGAGUCUCGCAGAGUGGUGGAGGAGACUUUCCUGGGUGUAAAGGGAGUGAUCAGCUUCACAUUCAACAUGUCUCAGAGAAGGUGCUCUCUGAGAGUGAGAUCAGAGGUUAGACCAGAUGCCCUCUGUCAUGCUGUGGAGCGAUCAGGAUCAAUAUCUGCCAAGCAAGUCAUCAAAAAUGAGCAGGGGGAGGAGGUGUUACUAGCGUUUGCUCCAUCACCUCGCAUUCCCAGUCUAGACGAGAAGGAGAAUACACAACCUACUAAACUGCCAGACUACUUACCAGAAGAUAAUGAUGAAUCUCACAAGGAUGAUGAAAAGGCCAUUGAAAGAAGUGGAGCCGUGGGUCAAGGUGGAGGGUGGUUCAGCUCUGUCAGUAGUUUCCUGACCAACUCAUUCUACUGGUGAAUCAAACUCUCUCUUUAUUUCUGUUCUCUCUGUCUAUGUUAUGUUUUGCACGUCAUGUAGUUUUAUGUUUUAUUGUGCACAAUGGCUCAAUUAUGAUCGUUGAAAAGUGGCCUUUAGCGUCAAUUGAUACCUCUUUUGUGUUCAUUCUCACACAUCCACCUGUAUCCAAUCAAAUUUCUUGUUCUGCUGUA